AUGGUCCCUCGACUUCAAAGCACGCACAGUCUGCCGUACAUACCGUCUCUUCCCCGCGCGAGCUAUUCCAGCGCAACGAUUACCCAUUCUCAAAAGCGAAAAGCUCCGCCUUAUCCCUAUGGAGCCGCUCAGCACUUUAAACAGCGUGACACAGGUCUUUACGGUGGCUCCAAAGUCCAACAUGGCAACAAGGUCUCAGAGAAGCACGAGGUGAAGACGUUGCGCGCAUGGCAUCCCAAUGUGCAAAACAAGCGGCUUUGGUCAGACGCACUGGGGAGGUUUGUCAGGCUGAAAGUCCAAGCCAGGGUUUUGCGGACGAUUGACAAGGUAGGGGGUCUCGAUGAAUAUUUACUUGGUGAUAAGUCUGCGAGAAUUAAGGAACUAGGCCUUACGGGUUGGCAUUUGCGGUGGCAGAUCAUGCAGACGGAGAGGGUCAAAGAGAGGUUUCGUACCGAGAAGGUGCGAUUGGGUUUGCCCUCUGCAGGCUAUAUCAGCCAACAGGAAAAAAGUAAGAAAGUCCUGAGGCAAAGGGCCACCGAAUUGGCCUUGAUGUAUGUGAGAGCAGAGCAAGAGCAGUCAGAGAAAAAGCAGAAUAGCGAGGCCAAGAACAAUUUGACAGAGGACGACCAGCCUUCAUUACCUUCAAGCCUAGUACUUGAAGCAAACGUGGAUACCAUUGCUAUGGAGAUCGCAGAGGACACCAGGUCUGUCAGUCGAACCCUACCGUUACCUCAACUCGAGCCAGACAUGCUUGAAGAAAUAUCAACAUCGUCGAAAGAUUUUGGAAUCUCUCUACAGCCUACCCAUAAGGACUUUCACUCAACACUCGUUAAAUUAAAGGAUAUCGCAGCUCAACUCAAUACCCCACUCGAGGAUCUGAUCAGCCAAGCUCACACAGCGAAUCGAGCGAUCGAAGAGCGGAAACCUCGCAAACCAGAGCGUAAGGACGAGACCACCGGAGCACAGGAAAUACACCCUCUCAUUCCACCUGCUGAGCCCCACUUCGAGAUCGAUUCCGCCAUUGAGAGAGGCACCGCAUGGCAGCUCUUCUCAUCCUACCGACCAUACGCGCAGCACGAGCUCAUGAAACUGCGAAAGGAGCGAGAGGCCCAACGUGUCACUAUUGCCAACAGGUAUAUAUGGCUCAUGCGGACGAGUCGGCGGAAAGGUGGUGCACCGGGAGUGUACGUGAAGAAAUCCGCGUGGGAUACGGCGUACAAGAAGGCAGGAAAGGAAGUCUUGCCGAAGAGCAAUGUUUUCAACGUCCCCCGCCAGCGAUCACGAAAGGGCCAUGGAAGAGGUUAG